AUGACGGCGAUGACGACAGCGGUAAAUAAAACAACUGCUAAUAACAACAAUAGCAAUGAAAACAACGGGACAAAAAAUACUAUGACAACACAACAAAAUGAUGGCAACUACAACACCACCAACAACAACAACUAUAACAAGGGUAGCAACAACAGCGAUCACAGGAAGCGCAAUGGCCCAGUGAACGAUGAGGACGACGUCAACAACAACAGCAAGAACUACGACAACAUCAGUAAUAAAGAUAGCAUCAAUAAAUGCAACAACAACGAUAACUAUUGCAAUGGUAACAAUAACAAUGGCAUCCACAACUGCCACAACGAUGACAACGUCAACGAUGACAGCAUCAACAGCCACGACGACGACGAUGACGGCAUCAACAGCCACGAUGACAGCAUCAACAGCCACGACGACGACGAUGACAGGAUCAACAGCCACGACGACGACGAUGACAGCAUCAACAGCCACGACGACGACGAUGACAGCGUCAACAGCCACGACGACGACGAUGACAGCAUCAACACCGGCGACGACGACGAUGACAGCAUCAACAGCCACGACGACGACGAUGACAGCAUCAACAGCCCCGACGACGACGAUGACAGCAUCAACAGCCACGACGACGACGAUGACAGCGUCAACAGCCACGACGACGACGAUGACAGCAUCAACAGCCACGACGACGACGAUGACAGCAUCAACAGCCCCGACGACGACGAUGACAGCAUCAACAGCCACGACGACGACGAUGACAGCGUCAACAGCCACGACGACGACGAUGACAGCAUCAACAGCCACGGCGACGACGAUGACAGCGUCAACAGCCACGACGACGACGAUGACAGCGAACUUGCUUUUCGCGGAGAUAAUGAACAGAAAUUAUCGUUCAAUCGCGGGAACUAUGUUGAGUUACUAAACUAUACUGCAAAAUUCGAUGACAAAUUGGCAUAA